CUCUAUGAUGCAGCGGCUGUUUAGUCCUCCAGCCCUGUGCUCUGUUGCUGCGUGUGGUGGGCGGGGCCUGGCUGGAGCCACUUCCGGUUAUGGUUUUAGCCGGUGCUGGAAGUUUCUAGUGACAGGCUGUGUGGUGGAUGGUGACUUGUGGCGGCUGAUGGAGGGGGACGCGGAGCUCACCAGGGGGGAACGGGUCGUGGAGCCCCCCAGUGAGGAGGACACGGAGCAGAAAUCCAUGCCAUCCAAUGGGGGCAAUGAAAUAAAGAGCCGUGCUAUAGUGAAAUACUCCUCUGCCCCAACGGCUGCCGCAUUUGCUCGUCUUCAGGAGAAGACAGACUUGAAGCUGCCCCCUGCUAACUGGCUGAGAGAGAAUGCCAAACUCGGGCCUACCAUCCUGGGCAACAGCGGGAAAAGCAAACCAUUCUCAAGCUUUGGCAUGGCGUAUGAUUUCAUCGAUUCAGUUGGAAAGGAAGUGGAUGUUGUGGCAGAUUCCGAGAACAUCAAGAAGCUCUUGAAGAUCCCAUACAGUAAGUCGCAUGUCAGUAUGGCGGUCCACCGCAUCGGGAGGACUCUUCUGAUGGAUGAACUGGACAUUCAGGAGCUCUUUAUGAGGUCUUCUCAGACAGGAGACUGGACUUGGUUGAAGGAGUUUUAUCAAAGACUAAUGGAUCAAAAAUGGCAAAGAAAGAAGAAAAGUAAAGAACAUUGGUACCAAAAAGCUAUACUCUCAAAGUUCCUCUAUUACAGCAUUAAUGGAGAUGAUACAGCUGAACCAGUCCCAUCCACUUCUCAUCAGCCUCCAGAAGAGCAGAAUCUCCGUGAACCAUCUGGGAGCGACCAUGUCGCCUGGCCUGCUACUUUUGAGACAUUAAGUUCAGUGUCAGAAGACUAUGGGGCUUCCAAUCAGGGUCUUAAGAAUGACUUUGUUAGGAAUAUUCUUUGGACAUUUGAGGACAUCCAUAUGCUGGUUGGCUCUAACAUGCCUAUUUUCGGAGGAGGGCGAUACCCAGCUGUCAGUUUGCGUCUACGGGACAACAACAAGCCCAUCAAUGUGCUGACUGGAAUAGAUUAUUGGCUCGACAACCUGAUCUGCAACGUGCCGGAGCUGGUCAUGUGUUUCCAUGUGAACGGGAUUGUGCAGAAAUAUGAGAUGAUUAAAACAGAAGAUAUUCCAAAUCUGGAGAACUCCAACUUCUCAACCAAGGUGAUCAAAGACAUCGCACAGAAUAUUUUAUCGUUUCUAAAGUCAAACUGCACAAAAGAAGGCCAUACAUAUUGGCUCUUCAAAGCCAGUGGCAGCGACAUUGUGAAACUCUAUGAUCUCACUACUCUAUGUGAAGAAACGGAGGACAAGUACCAGAACCCCUUCACUAUGCCAGUAGCUGUUUUACUAUACAAGGUGGCUUGUAACAUGAUGAUGAAGAAAACCCAAAAUAGGAAACAUUACGGGACUAUUCGCACUUUGUUACUGAACUGUCUGAAGUUGGUGGAUAAAGGAAGGCACCCACAGAUAAUCGCCUCAGCCAACUACAUGCUGUCAGAGCUGUUUCAGCUUGAGCCAAAGAAAGAAGAAAGUGAAGGAUCUCUUAAUGGGAAUUCUGAUGAAAGCUACAGCGAGGAGGAGGAGGAUGAAGAAGAGGAGCUGAGUGAUGAGAGUGGCUCAUACAGCUGUCCUCCAAACCCGCCAGAAGACUGCAAAGCUGUAGCCAUCAUUAAGUCUGUCCGGGAGCUGUCUGUUCCAGAGAAGUACAAGUCCACCCAUCAGAUUAGGCCAAGCUGCACUUUUCCCGUUUGCAGUGACACCGAAGAACGUUGUCGCUUAGUCCUCAGCUAUGUCUUAGAAGGUUUAAAAUCCAUUGACUGCAGUAUUAAGAAGGAAGGGGAACUGCCUGCAGCUGACCCCAACACUCCAAUACCAUUAAAAUAUGAAGAUGAGUCCGCUAAUGUUGUGUCUGAAUGCCUGGAGAAGCAGAUGGCACUGUUCCUGCAGAAGAUGGAAUGUGCUGAUAACCAGUGCUCCAGUAGAUCUGGGAUUGUCCCUGGCUCCUGGCAAUUCAAGAUGAAGCUGCAGCUGAUUAUUAAAGCCUCAAAAGCAUAUUAUGUGCUGUCAGAUGCUGCAAUGAGCCUGCAGAAGUACGGCCGAGCCCUGCGAUAUGUCAAGUUGGCCUUACAGUGUUAUGAUUCUUACAGCUGCCUGUGCACCAACCAAGUUCCCGAAGUGAUGCUGUUGCUGUGCCAGUACCUCUCGCUCUGCGGUGACAUCCAGCUCAUGCUGGCCCAGAAUGCAGGAAACAGAGCCGCUUAUUUUGAGGAAUACAAUUACCAGACGAGAGAUGAUCAGGAGAUUCUACACAGUCUGCACAGAGAAUCCAGUUGUGAAGGGUUUUCCUUUGUGACCGACCUGAUCACUGACUUGGAAUGCCUGCUCUCCAUCAGCUGUAAAUGUUAUGAAGCCGCCAAUGACAUCCUGAUUGUCACAAACCUCAAGAGCCAGAACCCAGAGCAGCAGAAUCAGGUGCUGAAAAGACUGGGCAAUAUCCGCAAUGAGAUCGGGGUGUUUUAUAUGAACCAGGCGGCUGCGCUUCAGACUGAGAGAUCAGGGAACAGAGGUGUCUCUAGUGCUGAACAAGACUUGUGGAAGAAAAGCUUCUCCAGUUUUGAAAGGGGAAUCUCCAACUUUGAAUCAAUUGCAGACACCACCAACACUGCGCUCCUACUGUGUAACAUGGGGCGCCUGAUGAGGAUAUGUGCGCAAGCUCACGGCCGCAGUGGCAGCGAUGAAAGUAGAGGGGAGUUCUCUCCUGAGGAGGCGCUCUACUAUAAUAAGGCCAUCGAUUACUAUCACAAAGCCUUAAAGUCGCUCACCAAAAGAGAAAGUCAUCAAGCUGUUUGGGAUUCGGUGUACUGGGAGCUCUCCACAACAUAUUUUACUAUGGCCACUCUGCUACAGGACUAUGCUCCCAUCUCAAGAAAAGCCCAGGAACAGAUAGAGAAGGAAGUCACUGAAGCCAUGAUGAAGUCUUUGAAAUACUGUGAUGUGGACACUGUGUCUGCUCGACAGCCCUUGUGCCAGUACCGAGCGGCAACCAUCCAUCAUAGGCUGGCCUCCAUGUAUCACAGCUGUCUGCGCAACCAGGUGGGUGAUGAACACUUGAGGAAGCAGCACCGGGUUCUGGCAGACCUCCAUUACACCAAAGCCGUGAAGCUCUUCCACCUUCUGAAGGACGCUCCAUGUGAGCUUCUCAGGGUACAACUAGAACGUGUGGCUUUUGCUGAAUUCCAAAUGGCCAGCCAGAAUAGCAGCGCAGGGAAGCUAAAGAGCCUGUAUGGUGCGCUGGAGAUCAUGAUGAAGACGCGCUGUGCGUUUGAUGUUCUUCAGAAAGAACUUGAGUGUGAAAGUGAUCAGGAGCCAGAGGAAGGGACCGACAUGGUGGGGGACUCCUCGGGUCACCUGCGAAAGGAAGAAGUCGUGAAACUAGUGAAUAUAUUUGAAUCUCGCUUGUCUUUUGUCCUCCUACAAUAUGUGAAGCUUUUAUCUUCUAAAAAGAAGAGCGGUAAUCCCCCCGAAGAGGACGCCUCCCUGAAAACCUACAAGCAGGUUUAUUCCAGUCUUUUACGUGCUUCAACCAACAAAUCCUCCACGCUGACCGAGAGACUGAGCGUGCUGAUAAAUCUACUAGAUCAGCUUGGUCCAAAGAGCGAGGCAGAUGAAACGGUCAUUCAGUGACAAAAGGAUUGCGCUUGGAUACAGAGCGGACGCACGCCGUGCCUUGUUGAACCUGCCAUUGCUGGUCUCUUCCACUUGCGUUCUACUUCUUGCCGGAGAUCUUUCAGGGAAACUCUCAUCACACCCGAAUUCCACACGUCUUGCAGGGGACACAGGUUUUUUUCCUGCUUAUAUUUCUCCAGAUACACAUUUGCUCUUGCACUGCUUACCUGUUUUUGUAGGUACAAAGUUUACGGAACGCUGUGCCAAAAGGGUGAAAAAAUAACCUGCACUAUUCUAAAGAUCUAACAGGGCUGCCUGCAGAUCCCUCAAAUUAUCUCAAAGGGGUACUCCGGUGAAGAAAAAAUUAUUAAAUCAACUGGUGCCAGAAAGUUAAACAGAUUUGUAAAUUACUUCUAUUAAAAAACCUUAAAGGGGUUCUCCACCAUAAAGUGAUUUUAGUUCGUACCUGGCAGACAGUAAUGGACAUGCUUAGGAAGGAUCUGCGCUUGUCUUGGGGCUAAAUGGCUAUGUUGUGAGAUUACCAUAACACUGUGGCUAGCUUUUUGUGAACUGGUAUUUCCUUUGAGAGUUUUCUUUUUUACUAAAAAUCCCAUAAUUCAAUUUUCCUCCAUAAAUGAGUGGCAUCCAUUCAAAAGACCUGUGGUUUUCAAUCAGGGUGCCUACAGCUGUUGCAUUAGUUGCAGAUUGAUCUCUCUCCCACCAAGCGAUCCCUCCACCCAUUGAAGCAGACAGACUCCCUGUCAUCAGCUGACUAGUGAGUCAGGUCUCGGCCGCAUUGCAACCUGGGAAAAAUCCGAGACAACAGUCAUUUUGUAUGCUGUUAAAAAGAAAUAUUGGGGUGAAAAUCACAGAAGAAUUGUGAGAAAACCGUCACACACAGGUACAGACACUAUAUAAUGAACUACGCUAACUUUACAGCCCCUGUAGCAUGGUCAAAUAAAUAAAAAAUCCUGGAAUACCCCUUUAACCCUUACAGUACUUAUUAGCUGCUGUAUGCGCCACAGGAAGUUGUAUUUCUUUCUGGAGCUCUUUUCUGUCUGACCACAGUACUGUCUGCUGACACCUCUGUAUCAGGAACUAUCCAGAGCAGGAGAGGUUUGCUUUGAGGAUUUGCUCUUACUCUGGACAGUUCCUAACAUGGACAGAGGUGUCAGCAGAGAGCACACUGGUCAGACAGAAAAGAAAUUAAAAAGAAAAGAACUUCCUGUGGAGCAUGCAGCUGCAGCGAAGUACUGCAAGGAUUAAGAUUUUUUACAUAAAAGUAAUUUACAAAUCUGUUUAACUUUGGGCACCAGAAAUAAUAAUUAUUAUUUUUUUCACCGGAGUACCCCUUUAAGAUCUCCAAAAUCUCUUUAUCUACCAUAUGCUGUGUCAGUCUAGUCUGUAAUAGGAUAACUAUCCAAGUGGGUGCUCGGCUCGGUAACCUGCCCUUGUGCCUAAGUACAAAAAAUCCAAAAAGGAAGCGGCAAUCCAAAGCAUCAAAGCAAUAGGGUCCCGUUGCUGCCGAUGGGGAUUUCGCUGCAAAAGUUGCUGAAAGAAUGAUCUUGUUUAUUCUUUUUCGGAAUCCGCACAGAAAACAUUGCAGUCUAUUGGGACGACCUCUUCCAGCCGGGAUAUUUCUGACAUUCUUCAUUCUCAUCCUAGCCUAAGCGGUGCUCACCUCAAGGAGAAACGUUGCCAUUUCACUUAGAAAAGUGGUGAGGAAUUGAAAGGAAGUUCCCAAAAAUUCCAGAGCAAUGGGUAAAGUCCUCUGUCCUACUUUUUUAUAGUCCAGCUUUAUCCACUUACUAGAGAUUGAAUACAUCUUCCUAAACACUGUUUGCAGAUAUUGGAGCCCAAUGACAGCAAGUCUGUGAAAAGAUCCUGUAUAUGUUACAUUGCAGUUUUACGGGGCUAGAUCAGUGUUCUCCAAACUGUGGCCCUCCAGCUAUUGC